AUGAAUGUCACAGAGUGCUGUGCCUUUCCGUCUCCCAUCCUGGACCAGGUUUUGCCUCCAGUGCUGAUCCUGGAGUUCAUGUUUGGACUGACUGGGAACUUCAUCGCCCUGUCGAUGUUUGUCUUUUACAUGAAAGAAUGGAAACCCAACUCUGUGUACCUGGCCCACCUGGCUGUUGCAGAUUCCAUUGUGCUGUUCUGCCUGCCUUUCAGAGCUGACUACUACAGGCGUGGUAAAAACUGGCUGUACGGUGAUGCCUUUUGUCGUAUCCUGCUCUUUCUCCUGGCAGCCAACCGUGCUGCAGGGAUCUUUUUUCUCACUGCUGUGGCUGUCGAUCGAUACUUCAAGAUAGUCCAUCCGCUCAACCGAAUCAACCGUCUGGGAUUGGGCUAUGCUCUGUUGGUCUCUUUUGGCCUCUGGGGUCUGAUUUUUUUUGCGACCGGCUACCUUCUUUUUGAAGAGCACUUCUUCUACAAUAACAACUACACACAGUGUGAGAGUUUCAACAUCUGUAUGGGCUUCAGCGCCCUCUCCACCUGGCACAAUGCUUUCUAUGUCAUACAGUUUUCCCUGCCCACCGCAAUCGUUGCCUUCUGCACCAUCAGGAUCACCUGGCAGCUGAAAACCAAGACUUUGGACAAAAGGGGGAAAAUCAAACGAGCCGUUAAGUUUGUAAUGGCAGUGGCUUUGAUCUUCAUCAUCUGUUUCUUUCCCAGCACUGUAUCCCGCGUUGCAGUGUGGGUGCUUAAGGUAUGGUACAAUGAGUGCAGUUACUUUGAGACGGCCAACCUAGCGUUCUACACGUCUGUGUGUUUCACGUACUUCAACAGUGUCCUCAACCCUGUGGUGUAUUAUUUCUCGACCCCUGCCUUCAGUGGCACCUUCCAGAAGGUGCUGAAUAAGCUGCUGAGACGGAGUGAUGAUCAGACGGACUCAGCGGCGAAUGACAUUUCCACUGUUGAGGGUAGGAGGCUAUGAAAACGGGUGCUGUUGAAAGGAAUCAUAACACAAUAAAGGCUGAGCCAGUGGUAAGAUUUCUCCAUUCCUAUAACAACUCUCAAGAAUAUUAUAUAUAUAUAUAUAUUCAAUUUCUAAUAUAAUUGGUUUUUUGCUGUGGUUGUGAACAAUAACCACUGUCCACC